AUUAGAUUAAUUGAAAGCUCCGAAUAGUUGUGUGGAAUUGCAAUUGAAAGAUAGUUAUUGAGGUGAAGAAGUAUGAGCAUUGGGAUCUGCAUGGGGAUUGAGAGAUCGUUAGGAUAAAUUGGCAAAAAUUUAGCAAUAGCUCAAUUGGAAGUUUAUUUGGUUUUAUGGAAUAAGGUGUUAAACACUUUAUGUUUUGGUUAAAGGAUUUGAUAUUGCUUUUUGGAGACUAUUAAGAUUUGCUAAUGGAAUUGUAAGAAUAGCAAAGGAGAUUGUAUUGAUAAUCGAGGAAUAUAGCCUUACACAUUUAUAGGGUUAACCUAUAGAUGUGUGGCGUUUGUUAUGCCUAAACCUUUGGGUUGGGGCGUGACAAACAUAGAUGACAGAUGUGAUGAAGAUGACAUGGAAAGAGGCAGUGAGAUAGCAAAGGAGAUUGUAUUGAUAAUCGAGGAAUAUAGCCUUACACAUUUAUAGGGUUAACCUAUAGAUGUGUGGCGUUUGUUAUGCCUAAACCUUUGGAUUGGGGCGUGACAGACACAGAUGACAGAUGUGAUGAAGAUGACAUGGAAAGGGGCAGUGAGGUGGAGGCUGAGGUUGAAGUGGAAUCUACCCACAGGCAAGGGCGAGAUGAAAAACAAACGAAGAGCUAUAGGAAGGUGGCAAUGGCUAUAGGAAACAAAUUUGAAUUUAAGAGUGCUGAAGGAAAAAUGAUGAGGUGUGAUGGUUCCAAUGAACAGACAGGAAAAGACUACAUAGCUAGAAGCAUUGGGAAAAAUCAAAACCUUUUUAUCACCAAUCAAGGGGAAACGACGGAAGUUAUAGGCUAUGUGCCUGAUAGGAUGAGUGAGCAUUUAAUGAAGAGUCAGAAACAAAAUUCAAAUAAUGUGCAGGGUGACUCAAGUGGGCCUUCUAGUCCACUUAUAUCCAAAAGGCAAACUCAGGGGGAGGUAUCCAAGCCUUUUUGUCAAGAUUGUUUGGAUGAGGGGGGAGACUGGGCCACUAAUAUGGGCCUAGAGGAGGGAUACAGCCUGCAUGACAGUGAAAUGGAAAGAGAAAAUGAAGGAAGAUUAUCAGAGAAGGUUUGUGAGCAGCAAAGUUGCAAAAGGGAUUUGGUUCGAACAGAGACAAGUAGCAUUGAAAAUUCGUUUUGGCAAGGCUUUGAAAGUGAAUCAGGGCAGUUGAAAGAUUGGAUGGGUAGAAGAGAGGUGAGAUCCAAAAAACAGAGGGUGAAAAGGAUGAGGUCUUGCUCUGUAGUAUAUAAGAAUUCCAGAAGAGUGAUACAGCCAUCUAUGGAGGGGAUUUGCAAUAAGUUGAAGAAAAACCGAAAACUGGAAGAACUAAUGUCGAGAUUCUGCUCAGGUGACCAAAACCAAGUAGUAAAUGAGUCUAUCGCAGACAGUGGAAAUGAAGAUGAGGUCUUGCAGAAGCUAAAUGCCAUGGAAGAAAGAGACAAGGAGCAAUAUAGAAAAGCAGCAGCUAAAGCGGCUGGCUUAAGAGCCUUAUGGGGAUCAGAUAAUUUUGAAUGGGUUGCUCAACCUUCAAAAGAUUGGGGCCCCAAACCCUUCUGUUUCUUUGAUGCAUGGAUUGAGUUCCCUGGGUUUAAAGAUAUGGUGGGUGAGGUAUGGGAGUCAACAGCAGUUAAUGGUUGGAAUGGGUAUCGAUUGAAGGAAAAGCUGAAAGAAACAAAGAGGGUAUUGAAGGUUUGGAGCAAAGAUACGAUGUCAGAGAUAGACUUGAACAUUCAAAGAAACAUUGAUUCUAUUGCCAAUAUUGACAUAAAAGAAGAAGAUUGGCAGCGGCCAGUGCUUGGUGGGAUUGAUUUUAAGAAGCUCUCAGUGGAGGAGGGGGCAAUGUUGGAAGAACCAUUUAAUGAGGAGGAAAUUAAGAAAGUUGUAUGGAGCUGUGAGAGUUCAAAGGCGCCAGGCCCCGAUGGGUUCAACUUUAAAUUUAUCAAGGUAAUGUGGGAGGUGCUCAAAGAAGACAUAAUGGGUUUUGUGAAUGAUUUUCAUAAGCAUGCUACAAUAUCUCAUGGGUUGUUUGAGGGAAUUGAAAUUGGCUACUGUGGUAUGAAAGUCUCCCAUCUACAGUUCGUUGAUGACACGAUAUUGUUUGGGAAAGCCUCUGAAAAGAACAUUUGGGCUGCAAAAUGUAUUAUAAGGGUGUUUGAGAUUGUCUCAAGGUUGAAGAUCAACUUCGAAAAAAGCUCGCUUAUGGGUAUCAAUGUCUCGGAUGAAUGGAGGACUAAAAUGGCUACUAUUCUACAUUGCAAACAGGGAGUCCUUCCUUGUAGAUAUUUGGGGGUGCCGAUCCGAGGUAAAUGUAGAAGUAUUGCAGUGUGGAGACCUAUUAUCGAAUCUUUUAGAAAGAAACUUGCAAGUUGGAAGAACAAGUUCAUCUCUCUUGGGGGAAGGAUCACGCUCCUUAAUUCCGUGCUGUCAAGUCUCCCAGUGUUCACCAUGGCUGUUCAUCUCCUUCCAAAAGGCAAAUCAAAGACCAUUUCUCAAAUGGGAUAUUGGAAUAAUGAGAGCUGGACCUGGUCACUAUGUUGGAGGAGGCCUAUUUUCUCAUGGGAAGAAGAACAGAUGUCGGAGUUAUGGAGUCUAAUUCAGUCACCUAAACCAAUAAAGGAUCGGAGAGAUCGUUGGGAGUGGAAACAUGACAAUGGUUCCUACUCUGUUAAAUCAGGAUGUUAUGCCCUUUCCAGGAAAGCAUUGAAGACGCAAACCCUUUAUUUCUUCACUACAAUGCUGCAUAUUCAAUGUGGUCUAAAUGCCUCCAAUGGUGAAGGACUACCUUAGUAAGAGCGGAUAAUUGUUAUGCAUCUUUUGAGCAACACCCAUCCCUUUUUAAAAGUGUAAACAUCAGAGCAGGAUGGGAUGUUGUAUGGUUUGCAACAAUCUGGUCCUUAUGGGUUGCUAGGAAUGAAAGGAUAUUCAAAUGUCAUGAACAGGAAGUCAAUAUGAUCUUCGAACUAGUGUAGCUACG